AUGGUCAGAAAAAAAGGGAGGAAAAAAAUACUUGAAGAUCGACUUGAUAAGGAAUAUCUUCCAAUUACUGGUCUUUCUAGCUUUACUCAAGGUGCAGCUCUUUUGGCUUAUAGUAAAGAUUCCAAACCUUUAAAAGAUGGAUUAAUUUCAAUCACUCAAUCGAUUUCAGGAACAGGAGCUCUUAGAAUUGGAGGAGUGUUUUUAUCUAGAUAUUAUCCACAUGCUAAAAAAAUCUAUUUACCUAAACCAACAUGGGGCAAUCAUAAUGCUGUUUUUAAAGAUUCUGGUUUUGCAUCAGGAGACACUGAUAAAGAUGCUUAUGCUAUCCGUAAAUUUAUAACUGAUGAUCAUCGGGUAGCUUUAGCACAAUCAUUUGCUAAAAAUAUGGGGCUUUAUGGAGAACGUGCUGGUGCAUUUUCAAUUAUUUCUGAAAGUUCAAAAGAAAAGGCUGCAAUUGAUUCACAACUUAAAAUACUAAUUAGAGCCAUGUAUUCUAAUCCACCAAUACAUGGUGCAAGAAUUGCAAGUUAUGUUAGAAGAAGUAAAAGCAUGUUUUGGUACACUGGAUUAAAACCUGAGCAGGUUGAAAAACUUACUGCUGAUUUUCAUGUAUAUUUAACCAAAGAUGGACGCCCACCUGAUGCGAUUUUAGGAAUUACAGAGGCUUAUAAAAAAGAUACCAAUCCCCAAAAAAUGAAUUUGGGAGUUGGUGCCUAUAGAGAUGAUGAUGGGAAGCCAUAUGUUUUGAAUUCUGUCAGAAAGGCAGAGAAAAAAAUACUUGAAGAUCGACUUGAUAAGGAAUAUCUUCCAAUUACUGGUCUUUCUAGCUUUACUCAAGGUGCAGCUCUUUUGGCUUAUAGUAAAGAUUCCAAACCUUUAAAAGAUGGAUUAAUUUCAAUCACUCAAUCGAUUUCAGGAACAGGAGCUCUUAGAAUUGGAGGAGUGUUUUUAUCUAGAUAUUAUCCACAUGCUAAAAAAAUCUAUUUACCUAAACCAACAUGGGGCAAUCAUAAUGCUGUUUUUAAAGAUUCUGGAGUAGAUCCAACCCAACAACAAUGGUAA